AUGAUACGAAAGUUUCGAAAGAUUUUUCGUACCCCAUCAUCAGUAACUGCAAACAAAAAUGAAAAUAGUCACAAGGCAACGACUGCUGACUCGAAUCCAUGCGAUACAUCACAUGUUAAACAAGGAUCAUCAGCUGUUUCCAAUCAUGUGCAUAAAGAAUCACCUAAAACAGAUCCAAUUUCAUCGACAGACGACGUACAGUAUGCAAAGAUGCGUAUCAUAUCUUCUCCUGUCUUUCAAUUGCGUGAUAUCAUUCGUGCACUAUUAACAUCAUCAUCGCCACCACCAUCAUGUGAUCUGAUCUCAACAUUUCUAACUUAUGGUCAAUUACUAGGUGCAAAAUCUAUUCAUGGUUAUCUUGUUGAUCGCUGUUAUGAUACACGAACAUUAAUAAAUGACGAAUUUUCUUCAUAUCAAGGUGUUGCAUUAUGUGUCACAUACGAUGUUAAAUUAAGUGAACAACAAUGGGAAGAUAUAUUUGGUAUACAUGAGUCAACGUCGACUAUAUCGAAGACUGCAACAUCAUUUUUUCAUUUAACAGAUUUUCUCUGUAUAUUAAGUGGCUCACGCGUUGUUUAUUAUGAUCCAAAUGAACGUAUGAUAAAUGAUGAACGCGCUUAUGUAUCAAUAUUUGAUCUUGAACAUGAUGAUAUCGAAGUGUUUCAAGAUCAAUUUUCUCCAUUAGAUUAUUUUUUACUAAAAUCUAAAACAUUCUAUAACGGUACAUUAAUACGUUUACCAUUGCGAACAACGUCGACAACGCAAAUAUCAACACAUAUACAAACAUUAGAUGACAUUAAACAACAACUGUUUAAAUACUUUAACUUUAAUCAUUCAUUGAUUGAAUUAUUACUAAUGCAAACAAAUUUAAAUACUAUUGAAUUCGAUUAUACAACAGAUUUUCAAUCGUUCACAAGAUUUCUAUCUAUUGAAAAACAUUCAUUAGCAGCUAUUUAUGAUACGCAGUCAACAACUCAAAUUAUACAAUUGACAUUGUCAAAAUUAAUUAAUGACAUUAGUUCAAGUGAUGGAUCUCGUUGGCUCUUGUCACUUCAAAACGAUUAUAAUGAAAUUGAUAAAAAUAAAAUCGAAAUCAAACUUUUACUUCCAUUACUUCCACUUUGUUCAUCAUCUGAUUCAUAUCUUCCGUUAUUACGAUCAAGUAGUUAUAAAUCGAUUCAAAUAACAUCAACACGAAUAUUAUAUUAUCAUGCAUUGCCAUCAUCAAUAAAUUCUUUAUCUAAUGUUGAUAUAUGUAUCCAAUUGCGUCAAAUCAAAUUUCCAAAAGCAUAUGCUUUAUUUCUAAAAGAUUUAUCACGAUUGAUAAAUCCUACAACAUCACCAUCCAAUUUCUCCAUUGAUUUUAUUUGGGAAUUAAUGCCAGAUAUUGAUGAACUUCAACGAUUGUUUAAUGAAAAUCAAAAAUACUCCACACAACAAAAGCAAAAUAUUCAAUUAAUUAAUAAUAUUAUACCUGAUAUUUGGGAAGAAAUCGGUAAGCAAGAGUUAUUUUACUCUGUAACUGAAGGUUGGGGUUAUGUAGCAAUUGAAGAUAUGAUUAUCAACAAUGUUGAACCAAGUCCAAUGCAAGAUGUUUUAACCUAUGUUUUUUCUGAAGCAAAUGCGCCUAUUGUAAUAUUACCUCCACAUGUUAUCAAUGGUUUAUGUAAAUAUUCUAAUAAACAUUAUUUAAAAGUAAUGACGCCAUUUCAUGCAUCAAAAUUAUUAUCGGAAAAUUCUUCAAUUCUGUUCAAUUUAAAAUCUGAACAAAGACUUCUAUUGUUAAAAUAUAUUAUAUUGAACGACCCUGAUCCAAAUUUAGUCCUUGAAUUAGAAUUAUUACCGUUAGCUAAUAAUAAAUUUAUAACAUUUCAAAACAAACAAGCGUCAGCUGUAUAUAUUGUUGAUAAUAAUGCGGAUUUUUUACAAUUAUUUCAUAUACAACAGCAUGAUAGAUUUUUAAAUCCAGAUAUUGAUCAAAAUUUAUUUGAAAAAUUAUCAUCAAAAAGUUUUCAAGCGGAACAAACCGAACGUCGAAGACGACGACCGCAAGUGGUUCCGCGCACACACACACACACACACACCACAGCGACAAUAACCGUUACAACACGUGUGUUGUUUUUUUCCUAUCUGACUAAAAAAACUGAAAUGCAUCGCCCACCUUAUAACAAUGGGAUGGCAACUUAUUUUGACCGAUAUUCCGAUAAUCCUCGAAGAUCGACGCCACCUUCGCCAACAUCAGUUUAUGAACGAGGUAAUCCAUCAUAA